GAGAAAUCCUAGAGCGCCCUCUGUUUUCUUCCGGAGCCGCGUUCGCAGAACUCGGGUCGGCGUCGUUUAAGGGGGCUCAAAAAAGCAGCCAAGAGAAAUGGAUCCUGAUUUGCACGACGUUCGUCUUACAGUUAAAGAAGCAAUUAGCACCCUAUAUUCUUCCAGAGAUAGUGCCCAGAUCCAGAAGACUUUGUGGACAAUCAGGAGGUAUCUUGAUCAAUCUGAAAAUCCACCCUCCAUAAAAGAGAAGGAAGAAUUUACCCGCAGUCAUUUUACUGCCUUUGUUCAGUGUCUGCUCAGCAACCUGAGUCCUGAUUGGCCAGAGCAAUUUCCGUCAGAGGAAGCCAAAGAAUUGUGGGCUAGCUUCUUCAUUGAUGGACCAGCAGAUCAAUCUUUUAUGGUUCUACUAGAUGCUAUAAUUUCUGCAGAGUCAAGUUUUCGUCUAAAUAAAGCAGUUGAUACCCUAGAGCAGUUCUUGCAGCAGUCCAGACUCUCUGCUUUAAUAUGGGAAAUCUGCAAGCAACACACGGAAACUGGUUCCCCUGUUCUGCGCGAAAUGAUUCUCAGCAAAGUUGUAUGUUUACCUGAUCACUUAGGGAACAAACUCCAGGGAGGCAACCGACCCGUUUUCUACCCUCAAAAUUAUUUUCCAUUGCUUGGCAUGGAAAUUGUCCAGGUGAUGGAAAGAAUUUCUGGCUCGCUACGAGAUGGCUUGGAUUGUUCGAUCUCCUUUGUAUCCCAGGUGUUAGGAAAAGUCUGUGUGCAUGGAAGACAGAGAGAAAUCUUGGACGUCUUGGUGCCUCACCUAACCAGUCGCACUCAGUCCGAUUGUAUCUGGCAGAGAAUCUGCUGGCGACUGUUUGAGAGCGUGCCCGAUCGCUGGAUGGAAGCAGUGGUCUGUGGCUUGGUCCAGGCAGUCCCAGGGCCCGUCAUGUUGUCACGAUUGCUGGGGAAUUUGGUGGUUAAAAACAAGAAGGCCCAGUUUGUGAUCACGCAAAAAUUGUUGCUGCUUCAGUACAGCUUUCCGACCAAGGUGCUGCAGACUCUCCUUGGCUACCUUGCCCUGGACCCCACACGCCGUUCCUUACUGACCAAAGUUCUGAGAGAGCUGCUGGAGACGUGGAGUAGCAGCAGUGCCAUGAAACACUCCCCAACUGAGCAGCAACUGUACAUCAGCAAGGCCAUCCUCCUUUGUCUGUCUCACCUGAAAGAAGACGACCUCUCGACCAGCCGACAAGAGCUCCUUAACAUCCUGAUGGAGGGAAUGAAAUGCCACCUGGACAGUAAUUUGCCCCGGAUCCGGCGGAUGGGUAUGGUCGUAGCAGAAGGUGUCAGCUCUAAGAUAACACCAGAAGGGCCCGCUUUGGUGUUUCAGUAUGAAGAAGACGAUGAGAUUAAGGAACUGAAAUCCUUGCUAACCCAAAGACUGGAAGAGACGUCAGACUCCGAGCCCCCAGACCCUGGGGAGAGCACACCCAACGUGACCUCCAGCGUGGUUCUACAUUCCAGUGUGAGACCACCAGACCUGGAUGCCUCUGAAGACCCCGAAAAGGGAGUCGAUUCAGAGCUUGAUAGCGAUGACGACCUCGUCCCUUAUGACAUGUCGCAGGAUAAAGAGCUGAAGACAACCAGAGCCCCCACCUACAUCAGGGACUGUUUUGAAAUUUUGACGGGAUCGGAAAAUGCCGAAAAAUACGAAGCCGCUUUGGGCGUCCUGGAAACGCUAAUCCGGAGGGACACAGCCACCGCUCAAGAGAUGAGCGUGGAACUGGCCAAAGUCUUGCUCCACUUGGAAGAGAAGAGCUACAUUGAAGGGUUUGCGGGGCUUCGGCAAGGUGCCUUGGUGGCUCUUACUAUCGCAGACCCCAUCCGGGUGGCCAAAUAUCUAACUUCAGAAUUCUACUCCCUGAAUUACAGUCUGCGUCAACGGAUGGACAUCCUGGAUGUGUUGGCCGUGUCUGCCCAGGAACUGUCUCGGCCAGCUUCAUCUCCCUCGAAACCAAAUACCAGUCACCCCAGUAUCCAAAUCAUCUCUCAGAACUCUUCUUCUCCAGACUGGAAGAAAGUGGUGGAUGAGAGGAUCAGAAGCAAGACCCGAAGGUUUGCAAAGGGCCGGUCCCAAGCAGAACAUUUGGGCACGCCUAACCAGUUUGCUCCAAUCGCUGGUCAUUUCUUCUUCCCGCUUCUUCGGAACUUUGACAGGCCUCUGACCACCUUUGACCUUUUGGGGGAUGAUCACCUGGUCCUUGGACGACUAGUGCACACAUUGGCGAUUCUCAUGUACUUCGCUGUCCAUGCCGCGGUAACGCCUGCAAUGGGAAAGGCAUUGCUGGAGUUUGUUUGGGCUCUGCGUUUCCACACUGACACAUAUGUACGGCAUGGCCUUCUGUCUUCGGUCUCCUCCAUACUCCUCAGUGUACCUGCUGAGUACCUUCUGGAUGACAUGACAGAGGAAGUUCUAGAGACUCAAGCGUGGCUGGCAGUGCAAUUCGAUAUGAUGCGUGCCUGCAAUUUGAUUGCCACCGUCGCCUUGACAGCCGGCCAGCUCCUCUUCGUGCUGGGAUUGGUAGAACUGCCCAUCAUUUCCCAGGAUACCCAAUGGUGGGAAGAAGCCAUCGCUGCCGUCUUCCAGCUUGCCAGUUUUGUUCUGGUCAUCGGCCUGGUGACUUUCUACCGUAUUGGACCCUACACCAGCCUGUCCUGGUCUUGCUAUCUGAACAUUGGGGCAUGUCUCUUGGCCACAUUGGCGGCAGCCAUCCUUAUAUGGAACAUCCUUCAUCGGCGAGAGGACUGCAUGGCCCCCAGAGUCAUCGUGAUCAGCCGCACGCUGACUGCUCGCUUUCGGCGAGGGCUGGAGAAUGACUAUGUGGAGUCCCCGUGCUGAGAAUAUGGAGACGGAAUGAGGGAGAUACAACCACACAGGCAGAUUUAAAAGAAAAACAAAAAAACCACCAAAAACUGACUGCUUUCUUAGACAGAGACGAUGUAAUUUAAAACCACAAAUUUCACUCUCCACUUAGAGAAGUCCGUCGUUACUGGGAGUCCUCAACUUAUGAUCACAACUGAGCCCCAAAUUUCUGUGGUUAAGGGAGAUGUGGGCUAAGGGAGCUGUGCCCCGUUUUACGACAGUUGUUUAAAGUCGGUUACUCGGUUGUAGAAGUGAAUCCGGCUUCCCCCCUUCGACUUUGGCUUGUCGCAAAAGGGGUUCCCGUGACCUUCGAACAAAAGCAAUGGUCAUACAUUCGAACCGGUUGCCGAGCCUCUGAAUUUUGAUUAUGGGAUCAUGGGGGACGCUGCAAAGGUUGUGAGGGUGAAAAAAACGGCCCGAAGUUAACACAUUUUUCACUUUGAACGGUCAAAAAAAAUAGAACGGUUACAAGUUGAGGACUAGCUGUAUUACUUAGACACGCCAUGUUCGUCUGUAGCUGUCUGUCUGUCUGUCUGUCUAACUCAGAGGUCUUCAAAGUUGGCAGCUUUAAGACUUGUGGACUUCAACUCCCAGAAUUCUCCAGCCACAAGUCUUAAAGCUGCCAACUUUGAAGACCUCUGGUCUAACUCGCUACAUUAUGCAAUGCUUUUCUUGAUCCCAAUGUACAGUGUAAGAUAUUAACAGCUCAACCAUCUUGAUGGAUUUUUAGCCAAAAAAAAGAAGAAGAAGAAGAAGAGUGUGGAGCUAUAUUCUGAUGGAUUUUGUGAGAAUCUGGCAACGGGAAAAGGCAACCCCUUCUUUCAAAUUUAAAUGUUCCUUCAUUGGAACCAGCUGUAAGAGUGGUCUGAAAGAAGAAAUGACAGCUGUUCUCUCUUUUUGUCCAUUUGGUGCAAUUGGGAGUUUUUUUAAAUAUAUAAUUUAAAGAGAAUAAAUUAUGCAAAUCGAUUAUUUAGCGUAUGGCACAUUGUACAUGGAGUAGCUAUGUACAAACACACACACACACACAUAUAUAGUAAAGGUUCCCCUCGCACAUAUGUGCUAGUCGUUCCCGACUCUAGGCGGCGGUGCUCAUAUCUGUUUCAAAGCCGAAAAGCCAGUGCUGUCCGAAGACGUCUCCGUGGUCAUGUGGCUGGCAUGACUCAACGCCAAAGGCGCACAGAACGCUGUUCCCUUCCCAUCAAAGGUGGUUCCUAUUUUUCUACUGGCAUUUUUUAAGUGCUUUCGAACUGCUAGGUUGGCAGAAGCUGGGACAAGUAAUGGAAGCUCACCCCGUUAUGCGGCACUAGGGAUUUGAACUGCUGAACUGCCGACCUUGACAAGCUCAGCAUCUUAGCUACUGAGCCACCCUAGGAGAUAUGUGUAUAUAUAUGUGUGUGUGUGUGUGUGUGUAUAUACACACACACACACACACACACACACACACACACACACACACACACACACAUAUAUAUAUAAACAUGCAAAAUUUGAGAGGCAUCGAAUCUGGCCAGAAAAGCCAACUCUUCUUGAUGUGGAUAAUGCAGAUAUGAUGAAGGAUGGCAGCUUUAGAAUGAACCUCUUUAUCAAGAAUUAAGCAGCAUGGAAAUGUUUCUACAAAAUUGGCUUCAAAGACUAAUAAGCCUGAAAUCUUAAAUAUUCCAUGCCCUGGUAAAAAGGAAUUUCUGACAAGCCUUCCAAACAGUACAAUUAUCUCCAGUUGUCUUUAAUUUUGGAACAUUUGCAUCAAAGCGAGAAUAAUUGUUCUCUUUCCAUCAUCUUUCCAGCAUUAGCUAUUAUUUAAAUCAAAAAUUGAUGGCCGGGCAUUUUUUCAGAUUUGGUGCUUAAUUGUAGCAUAUUUUUUUUUUUUUUGGCCUGAGUGCUUGAAACCAAAGUAGAAUAGAAUAGAAUAACAGAGUUGGAAGGGACCUUGGAGGUCUUCUAGUCUAACCCCCCGCUUAGGCAGGAAACAGUGAUACAGGUAUUCCUUGAGUUAUGACCACCACAAUUGAGCUCAACGUUUCUGUUGUUCAGUGAGACAUGUGUCGAGUGAGUUUUGCUCCAUUUGAUGACCUUUCUUGCCAUGGUUGUUAAGCGAAUCAUUGCAGGUGAUAAGUUCGUAACCCGGUUUUAAGUGAACCCAGCUUCCCCCAUUGUCUUUGCUUUGUCAGGAGGUCGCAAAAGGGGAUUAUUGUGACCUUGGGACACAAUAACCGUCGUAAAUAGGAGCCAGUUGCCAAGCGCCUGAAUUUUGAUCACAUGAUCGUGGGAAAUUCUGCAAAGGCCGCAAGUGUGAAAAACGGUCAUAAGUCAUAUUUUUUCAGUGCCACUGUCACUUUGAACCCGUCACUAAACAAACGGUUGUAAGUCGAGGACUACCUGUGCUGAAAUCUAAAAUCAUCAAACCAGUGCCCCUUCAGAAAAGGCUUCAAUGAAGUGGGAAGACCAGCUUACUAAAUUUAUGGGAGGCAAGAAUUUAUUCUUUAUCGAUCGAAUGGGGGGGGGGGGAAA